AGGUUUGGAGGGACGUGGGCCAAACGCGGGCAGGUGGGACUGGUGUAGCAUAGAAACAUAGACAAUAGGUGCAGGAGUAGGCCAUUCGGCCCUUCGAGCCAGCACCAUUCGCCAUUCAAUAUGAUCAUGGCUGAUUAUCCAACUCAGUAUCCCAUCCCUGCCUUCUCUCCAUACCCCCUGAUCCCUUUAGCCAAAAGGGUCACAUCUAACUCCCUCUUAAAUGUAGCCAAUGAACUGUCCUCAACUACCUUCUGUGGCAGAGAAUUCCACAGAUUCACCACUCUCUGUGUGUAGCUGGGACAUGUUGGGCAAGUUGGGCCGAAGGGCCUGUUUCCACACUGUGUGACACUCAUCUCUUGUGUCUCCAUUUUCACCAAUCCACUGCAAAGCUCAUCCUUCUGCUUCCGCAGAUGCUGACCGACCCGCAGAGCUCCGCCAGCACUUUCUUGUUUGGCCCAGAUUCCAGCAUCUACAGCCCUCCAAAGCCCUCCCCACUAAUCCUAAAGGGUUGAGUAUGGCGACUGACAGCCUCUCCAGUGCCUUCACUUUGUUUGAGAGCAUCCAGCCUGGUCCCGUGUACCGCAUCCCCUCUCUCCUCUACCUCAACAGCCACCAGGUCUUCCUGGCGUUUGCAGAGAAACGAACAUCAUCCUCCGAUGUGGACGCCAAGAUUCUGGUUUUACGGAGAGGGAAGUUUCAAGAUGGAUCUGUGGAGUGGGACGAGUCAGUGGAGCUGAGUACUGCUGUGAAGAGCGGUUACCGUUCGAUGAAUCCUUGCCCUGUGUACGAGCGGAUGAAGCAAGUGGUCUACCUCUUCUUUAACUGCGUGGAGGAGGGGGUGAACGAGUGCAGCCAGGUGCUGUGGGGCAGGAACGCGGCCAGGCUGUGCUACGUGACGAGCCAGGACGCGGGGCUCACCUGGGGCCAGGUGACCGACCUGACGGAGAGUGUGAUCGGCGAGGAGGUGCGGCAUUGGGGCACCUUCUCCGUCAGCCCCGGCCACGGCAUCCAGCGGGUGUGCGGCACGCUGAUAGUGCCAGCCUACGCCUACAUCAUCCGCAAUCGGUGCUGCCUGAUACCGCCCGGCUUCUUCACCAAACCCCGCACCUUUUACCUGUACAGCGAGGACGGAGGUGAGCGCUGGAGUGUGGGCGAGCCAGUAUCGCGGUGCGGGACCGGGGAGAGCGAGAUGGCGGAGAUCACCGUGUCGUACGGUAACCGGGUGCUGUACUGUAACGCUCGGACCGUCGGCAGGCCCCUGUCGUGCCGCCGCCCGUCGCGAGUGGAAGCGGUCAGUUUGGAGCCCGGGCGAUUCGAGAUCGUUCACUCGGCCCGGCAGCUGCCCGAGAGCGACAGCGGCUGCCAGGGCAGUGUGCUCAGCUUCAGCUGCCCCGCCAGCGACCGGCUCUCCUGGCUCCUGUACGCCCACCCCGUCGGCAGCGGCAAGGACCGGUGGUGGAGACACUGCCGUAACCGCACCAACCUGGCCUUUUACCUGAACCGCAGGCCCCUGGAGCAGCGCCACUGGGAGGGGCCCUGGGUAGUCCAGCCGGGGCCCAGCGGCUACUCAGACCUGGCCUACCUGGACCAGGCAUCAACCUUCGCCUGCCUGCAUGAGUGCGGUGAUCGGCAACCCAACGAGAGGAUCGACUUCCGUCUCUUCAGCAUCGACGACGUGCUGAGGAACAUCUAGCAGCGAGGCCGAGGGGUGGCAACAUCAUUGAAACAUAGACAAUAGGUGCAGGAGGAAGCCAUCAAGGCAGCACCGCCAUUCAAUGUGAUCAUGACUGAUCAUCCCCAAUCAAUACCCCGUUCCUGCCUUCUUCCCAUAUCCCUUGAUUCCGUUAGUCCCAAGUGCUAAAUAUAACUCUCUCUUGAAAACAUGCAGAGAAUUGGCCUCCACUGCCUUCUGUGGCAUGGAAUUCCACAGAUUCACAACUCUCUGGGUGAAAAAGCUUUUCCUCAUCUCAGUCCUAAAUGGCCAACCCCUUAUUCUGAAACUGUGACCCCUGGUUCUGGACUCCCCCAAUAUCGGGAACAUAUUUCCUGCAUCUAGCCUGUCCAUUCACUUAAGAAUUUUAUAUGUUUCUAUAAGAUCCUCUCUCAACGACUUCUCUUCUUUGAGGGUGCUGACACUGUGGAGUUUGCACGUUCUCCCUAUAAUGCGGUUGAUUCCCCCCCUGUGCGCAUACACCCCACCCCCCCCAACCACUCACUAUUUAGUUUAGUUUAGAGAUACAGAGCGGAAACAGACCCUUCAGCCCACCGAGUCCACGACGACCUGUGAUCCCCUGCAUAGUAACACCAACCUACACAACAACAAUCUUUACCAGAGACAAUUAACCUACAAACCUGUAUGUCUUGCUAUUGAGGGAGUGCAGCGUAGGUUCACCAGGUUAAUUCCCAGGAUGGCGAGACUGACGUAUGAUGAUAUGAUAUGGCUGGGCUUAUAUUCAUUGGAAUUUAGAAGGAUGAGAGGAGAUCUUAUGGAAAUAUAAAAUUUUUAAGGGAUUGGACAGGCUAGAUGCAGGAAACAUGUCCCGCCUCCCGAUGUUGAGGGAGUCCAGAACCAGGGGUCACAGUUUAAG